AUGUCAUACACCGACAGACACUACGAUGACAGCUCUGGCACUCAGGACUCCAAUACUGAGUGGUACGGGGAAUAUUAUUACAACUCACAACAAGAUUCAGUGCAGUACCAGACUUCUCCCCAGAGUGACAUGCAAGCCACCAUAAACGCCAACGAUCAGGCUCUUUAUAGCGCUGGUCCGCAGCAAUCUGCUGAGGCCAGCCUUGAAGAUAAUCCAUGGCCCCGUUGCCAUGGCUCUUUCGUGGAGAAUGAACUCGAGUCCCUCGACGGCCUGCAUCGGCGCCAUGACAGGAAGUUUUACUGCCAAGACACCCGGACCGGAAACCCCGACUGCACCGAAUCAUUCGACUCUAGGUCGCUUCUCAACCCAAAACUCCCUUCUUCUGACGCUCUUUUGCACGCGCACAGGAAACACCUCAGGAGCCACGUCAGGCCCGUCGUCUGCCCGUUCCGGUUCUGCCCCAUCACCGCUAUGUGCUACCACCAGACGGCGGAGCAGCGCGACAUGAAGCGUCACGUCAGGUCCAACCACCGAGAAUGGGCAAAGAUGCACGGGCUCGCGGGUCCUGAUUUCGUUUGUGAGCAUUGUGCAAUGCACUUCACGCGAGAAGACAACUUGGUUAGGCACGUUCGGAGUCAGCACGGGUAG